AUCUGCACGAAGCGCCCGCCUUCUGUCACCCCCUCCCGCGCCCUUCUUCUCCGCCCAGCAUUCCUCCCGUCCCCCUCGGAGCCUCCCCCCUCCCCUCCUCGAGGCAGGGUCGCUACUUUGGUAGGACGGGCGUAAAAGCGCCCCGAGAGCGGUUCGCUCACGGGCUUCGGAGCGGCUGCCAAGGGCGAGGAGAGGGACCCUUCUGCUCUUCUUUGCCUGGCUCUUCUCCCUCCCUCUUCCCCAGCAUCUGCGAAGAUCCCCUCUUCUCCUCUGCUCCCCUCCAGAGAGGCCCCGGUGAGCGGGCUGGCAAGCCGGAUCCGCAGGAAGCGGCCACAUCCUCUCGCUCAACGUCCUUCCCGCGAGUGGUCCCUCUCUCCUUUCCUCGCCCACCCAUCUCUUCCCCCAGCCACCCUCCGUGUCCCAGCCUCCCCGCCUCUCCGGGUGCUGCGCGGAGAAAGAUCGCGCGGAAAGGAAAGCCGCACACGUGGGUCGGAGUAGCCAGCUGUUGCUGUGGAUCGUCCCCCGCCGGCUCACCUCGCCCCAGCUGUUGGAAGGCUUAACUCUCAGGCCCCACUAACUUCAUGGAGCUGUUGCAGGACCUGAGGGCUGGCAGUUGACAAGUUACUUGCUUCUCAGCAGUUAUAUUAAAGAGGGAGAUUUCUUUUAAUCUGGUUUCUCUCGAAAAGCCAUUUACUUUUGUUUGUGCAUUCAUGAUGGAUGAGGACAAGAUGGAUGGACCACUGGUGAAAGCUGAAGGCAGAUCUUGGGAAUCCUUGGGACCAAGUGCUAGACUGAAGAAGGGAGUGGAAAGGAUUCACGAUAUCAAGCUGGAUUCUUCCCCCUUCCGGGAUAGAUUGUCUGCCAGAGCAGAUGAUAAUGAAGAAAAGCGAUUGCUUAGACUAAAGACUGAAAAAAAGGAGGAGGAUCCGGACUUUGAGAUGGAACUUUCUGCAGAGGGAAAACUGCUGGGUCCUGCAUCUUCACAAGGUUCUUCAACUCAGGAAGAGAUGAAGGUGGAAUCUGAGGAGCAGCAGGAAGAAGAGUUUGAGGUGCAGAAAAUCAUAAUUCCCAUGGAGGGUUCGUCUUCCUCAUUGCACCCAAACACUUGUGGCGUGUGUGGGAAGAGUUUUAGCCGCCGCUCGAACCUGGCCAAGCACCAGAUCAUCCACACGGGAGAGAAGCCGUAUCGUUGCAACGACUGCGGCCGCAGCUUCAACCAGAGCUCAGCGCUCACCAAGCACCAGCGGACGCACACCGGGGAGCGCCCCUAUGUCUGCGGGGACUGUGGCAAGGCCUUCACGGCUAGUUCCAAUCUCCUCCAGCAUCGGCGUUUCCACACUGGGGAACGGCCCUAUCGUUGUGAAUUGUGCGGCAAGGCCUUCUCUCAAAGUUCCAACUACAACCUACACCGGCGCGGCCACACAGGGGUUACGCCUUACCAGUGCAACGUGUGCGGUAAGCGAUUUACUGGGAGCUCAUGCCUUACUCGCCACCAGCGGACUCACACCGGGGAGAAGCCGUACCAAUGCCAGGAAUGUGGGAAGCGCUUUUCGGGAAGUUCCACGCUGGCUAACCACCGGCGUACCCACACAGGUGAGAAACCCUACGGUUGUGUUGAGUGUGGCAAGAGGUUCACCCACCACUCCAAUCUCGUGGACCACUGGCGGGUGCACACAGGGGAAAAGCCCUACGUGUGCACCGAGUGCGGGAAGAGCUUUCGGCUCAGCUCGCACAUCAUUCGCCACCGUCGCACUCACACCAAUGCUCGCAACCCCAGCAUGCGCCAUGACCUCUGUGAGGUUGACCCAAAUUUUGACGAGGGCAGCAUUGAGGGCCACCAUGAUGGAAGCAUUGGGAUCCAGUGCAUAACUGGUCUUGAUACUUUGUGUGCUGAUACCAAUGUUACCAAUGGCAAUAAUAGCUCUGAUGAAGAAGAAGGCAACCGGCUUCUUAUCUGCGGCCACUGUGGUAAAAGUUUUCAUCUGAAGUCUAGCGCCCGAAAAGCCAACCAAGGUGACUUGGCUCCGGGGGAAGGGCCUUAUAGUUGUACCGAGUGUGGUAAUAGCUGUUGGACGUAUCAGCUUCAAGGAAAAAGACGCUUCAGUGGAAAUAAUCUUUGUUACAAGAACCUCACUAAAAUCUCCUUCCCGCAUUGCCUGAUGGAGGGGCAACAUAUAAUGGCCCAGGUCCACAUCCAAGCUCCCUCGUCCAAUUCCGUAGCCGGGGAAGAAUCCAGGCGGUUGCCGAACCCCGUGCGAGUUGCAGCCAGGGAAAGCAUGGCCGGAGGACGUCUGUUGGACAGUCACAGCCUGGAUGGGAUAAGCCAGGUAUACGGGGCAUCCAAGAACCAAGAAGGCAGGAGGGCCACUAUAUCGAGCGCCUUGGAAUUGGAAGGAACCGUGAGCUACGAUGGAGACCUGACACAUUUUGUGGCCAACAACUUGCAAAUGAAGAUCAAGAUGAGCUCUCGGGGCAGCCUGGAUGAAACAGAGCCCACCUCCUCGUCGAUGUCAUCCCAGCACUCUGUCCGAGGCAAGACUGCAGACAUCCCUCCAGUGGAUCCCCAGGUCCUUCGGGAUCUGGAAAGGCUGACCACGGACGUGGCACAGAGAGUGGACCAGAUGUUGAGAGCCUUGAACAGCGCCAUCCAGAAUAUGACGGCUCUCAGCGUAGGCUACAUCCAGACCUACCGAGAUGCCGUGGACAGUUUGGGUGAAUCCGUAGACAUGAGCAUCAAAGGGAUGUACACUCUGAUGGCCAGGUGCGAGGAGUUAGACCGCUCCAUGCAGCCUGUCCACAUCCUCGCUAAGCAGAUCCGGGAGAUUAAGAGGACUCUGGAGAUCUUUGAGGCCGUCUACGUUAAGAUGACACAUGAAAACAAAGAAGAGGAAGCAGAAUCACAGAAGAAACAGAAAGAAGAGCAACAAAUUCAACAUAGAGACUCUCCAGUGAAAGGACUAGAAGACUAUAAGAUGGAAAGCACUCCGCAUGAGGUCUGUAACGGUGAAUCUAUCAUAUCUCUGGAACAGGAAUCUACAGAUAAUCUUUCUGACAAUGACAAAAUGCUCAAAGCUACCAUUUGUCCUGACUGUGGGAAGAGCUUUAGUAACAGUUCUCAUCUAAUCCGUCACCGUCGUGUCCAUACAGGUGAGAAACCGUACAAAUGCCCCCAUUGUGACAAAAGUUAUCGCCAAGACUCGCACUUAGUUCAGCAUAUGCGUUCUCAUACAGGUGAGAAGCCAUACCGGUGCACACAUUGCGGCAAGGGCUUCUCACAGAGUUCCAAUCUCAUCAUCCACCAACGGACACAUACAGGCGAACGACCCUUCACCUGUCCAGAGUGUGGGCGGAGCUUCAGCCAUAGUUCUGAUCUCAUUCAGCACAAGCGGAUCCACACUGGGGAGAAGCCUUAUGUCUGCUCCAUCUGUGGAAAAUGCUUUUCUCAGAGCUCAAAGGUUACCCAACACAAACGCUUCCAUUCUGGGGAGCGUCCAUUUUCCUGUGGGGAGUGUACAAAAACCUUUCGUCUCCGGGCGGAUUUGGUCCGUCACCUCCGCGCUCAUACCGGAGAGCGGCCUUUUGGCUGCCCUGAGUGCGGGAAACAUUUUGCGGAGAGCUCCCAUCUUAUCCGACACCAGCGGAUCCAUAUGAGUGAGCGUCCCUUUCGUUGUCCAGACUGUGGGAAAGGAUUCAAUCAGAGCUCCAACCUCCAGCAGCAUCAGCGGGUGCACCGAGGCCAGAAACCUUUCAAAUGUGACGAGUGUGGGAAAGGUUUUGGCGUAAGCUCGGCACUCUUGCAGCACCAGCGAACUCACACCGGUGAACGACCCUACUGCUGCAGCCAGUGUGGGAAGAGUUUUAGUGUCAGCUCCACCUACCAUAUACACCAGCGUAUUCAUGCAGGGCAAAAGCCCUACUCAUGUGCAGACUGUGGGAAAGGCUUUGUGCGUAGUUCUGCUCUCCUUCAGCAUCAAGCAACUCACACUGGUGAGAAGCCCUUUCGAUGCCCCUAUUGUGGAAGAGGGUUUGGACAGAAAUCGGCACUUUCUCAGCAUCGGCGAGCCCAUGUGAGGAGAGGGGAGACAUUGACUUUGAUGGAAGGAUGGGAAACGGCUGGGAUGGAAGAGGUUGGGGACCAGGGAGGGGGAGGGGAAGCACAUGGUCUGUGGCAGGAGAAUGGGAUCGGAAUUAUGGAGCCCGAAUGGCAGGGUGUUGGGGAUGAGGCCACAAGGCAGGAAUGGGAAGAUGAUGGGGAUGUGGCCAUGAGGGUGGAGUGGCAAGAUGAUGUUGAUGAGGGUCUGGAGGAACAGUUGCAGGAUGGUGACAGAGAAAGCAUGAGGCAGACCUGGAAAGAUGGUGUGGAAUCCUCCAUGAGGACCGAGUGGCAGGACGAUGAGGAUGAACAACUGGAACGGGGAUCAAAGGGGGAUUGUACUGAAAGCAUGAGGCUGGAAUGUCAGGGAGAUGACGAUGAUGACUACAGGAGGGUGGAGGAGAGUUUCCAGGAUGACAAUCUGAGUAUCAGGCUAGAGUGUCAUGAUGAUGAAGAUGGUGAAAGCGUAGAAGAAUACCUACAAGGUGACAGUAAUUCAGACAUCGGGGGGAAAGGUCAGGACGAGAUCACCACAAAGCAUGACUGGCAGGAUGAUAGAGGCGAAAGCAUAAGAGAAGAAUGGGAGACUACUUUAGAUAAUUUAAGGCAGGAGAAAUUGAUUGAGGAACAGGAAUGGCAGGAUAGCGAAGACGAUAGUGAGAAGCAAAGUUGGCUAGGAGAUGGGGAGGACAGCUUGGAGAGAACAAGACAGAAGUCAGAGACUGAGUCACCCUGCUGAAGCUGAGGAGUUUAAGGAAUUGAAAUGAUUGACUGGGAUAUAGUAGAAGAGAGUAGAAUGCCUACAACGCUCAUAAUAGCUCAAACCAGCGAGUCAUCAAAAGUCAUUGGGAACAAACAGCAGAAUUGUACCUUUGUGCCCUUCUGCAACAAAUAUAGUUGUAUUUAUAUUUGUAGGGUAUUCUGUGGUGUCUACUCUCCACUUGAAUGUGUCCCUCACUCCAGUCCCUGCAUGCCUUUGCUACAGAGCGCUGUAUGGUGGCUGCCUUAUGAUCCAGCUCUAUGAUCCGACUCCCUGUAUCAUUCCAAGCCUUGUGCCGUUUGUUGAUCAAAAUAAUUCCAAAUGGUGAUUUUAGUCAGUCCGUUUUUAAAUGUUACUCUACCUAUGCACAUGCUGUAUUAUACUUCCCAAUCCAGCCCAAUUUUUGUUAAAAAAAAGUUUCACAACACCUCCAAGGUAAGAUGCCUUUUUUAUAAACAAGAGGGUGCCUUUCCUUAUGGUGGCAAUUCUUGCUGGAUUCUAGGAAUUGAUUUGGGAGAAAUUUUCCUUCAAUUCAGUCUGUAAGCUUUGAAAUAAUUGACUUAGGAAGUUGGGAUGGACAAAAAAGAUAAUACAGUUGUUUUAUUUUCACAAUUGUUACUUAGGAACCCAGCAGAAUGUGGGGACACUGUAUGACUCCAAUAUUUAACUAGAACAGCUUUUGAAACUUCGGUUGCAUGCUCUGAAUCUCUCCCAACUGUAGUUAUUUUUGUAACGUUCUAAUCCUUCUCUCUUUUCUGUGUGUCCCUUUGCUGAACUAAUAAAUGCUCUUUUUGAUUCCACUCAAGGACUCUGCAUUCUUUUAAAUUGAGCCAGGAUUAUUACUCAACAUAUUUUAAAUUAGUUUCAAGACACUUGCAUAUAACUCGCAUAUAUACACCGGACGCUUAACCUUGAUUUCCCCUGCCCCUCCAAAGAAGCUGCACAGUCAACCUCUUUUCAAAGUUGGGGAAAUUUCAUUAGUGAUUUGUGAUAUAUGGAGAUUCUGGAAUGUAAA